AUGGCGACUACUUUUCCGGCCACCUCAUUGCCUAGCGACUUCGAAUGGGGCUUUGCGACAGCCGCCUAUCAAAUUGAAGGAGCUGUCAAUGAAGAUGGUCGUGGAAAGUCAAUCUGGGAUACCUUCUGUCACCUGGAGCCAACAAGAACAAAGGGUGCCAGCGGCGAUAUCGCAUGCGACCACUACCAUCGGUUUGAGGAUGACUUUGAUCUUCUGUCCAAAUAUGGUGCGAAAGCCUACCGAUUCUCUCUCUCGUGGUCGCGAAUCGUUCCUAUGGGUGGAAGGGGCGAUUCCAUAAAUGAACAGGGCAUUGCAUUCUACAACGGACUAAUUGACGCCCUGCUUGCAAGAGGGAUCACACCUUGGGUGACAUUGUACCACUGGGACCUGCCGCAAGCCCUCCAUGACAGAUAUGGAGGUUGGCUCAAUUUGAAGGAGUCUCAGCUCGAUUUCGAGCGGUUCGCAAAAGUCUGCUAUGAGCGAUUUGGAGACCGAGUCAAAAACUGGAUUACGCUGAAUGAGCCGUGGAUUGUUUCCAUUUUUGGCUAUUCUACCGGUGGAAAUGCUCCUGGAAGGGGCAGCAUCAAUCCCCAGUCUACUGAGGGUAAUUCUGCGACGGAGCCUUGGACCGUCGGUAAGGCUCUGAUCAUGAGCCACGCCCGUGCGGUUGCCCUUUAUAACAAACACUUCCGAGCCUCUCAAAAUGGAAGGAUUGGAAUUUCCUUGAAUGGAGACUUCUAUGAGCCCUGGGAUAAGGAUGAUGAGCGCGAUCACCAGGCUGCCCAGCGACGUAUGGAGUUCCAUAUUGGCUGGUUUGCCAAUCCUGUCUGCCUUGCACAAGACUACCCCGAUUGUAUGAGAGAGCAACUGGGUGACCGUCUACCUGAGUUUACAGAAGCUGAGUUUGCCCUGCUUCGCGAAGCAGAGAUGGACUUUUACGGAAUGAAUUACUACACUUCCCAGUUUGCCCGCCACCGUGACGAGCCAGCUCCCGAAACUGACUGUCUAGGGAAUGUUGAAGAGUUUCAAGAAAACAAAGACGGGUUGUCAGUUGGGGAGCCAUCUGGCGUUCAUUGGCUGCGUUCGACUCCUGGCCUGUUCCGAAAACAUUUGACCCGAGUUUACCGCAAAUACGGAAAGCCCAUCUAUGUCACUGAAAACGGAUGUCCUUGCCCUGGGGAAGAAAACAUGACGGUCAAAGAGGCAGUGAAUGAUACGUAUCGGAUUCAAUACUUCCAAGACCACAUUGAUGCUGUUUCUCUCGCGCGCAACGGGGACGGCUCUGAUAUCCGGGGAUAUUUUGCCUGGUCCUUGAUGGACAAUCUAGAGUGGUCUGAUGGUUACGGGGUUCGCUUUGGCGUCACUUUCACUGAUUACAACACCCUAGAAAGAACCCCGAAACAUUCUGCAUUGAUAUUGAAAGGGAUGUUUGAGAAACAGAUGACUGCUAGGACCUAG